AUGGCUACAGGCAGGUAUCAAUUAAACCCUUUUACAAAUAAUACAGCAACUACAUCAAAUAAUUCAACAACAAAUCAAAUAUCAACUCAAUAUCAAAAUAAGCAAAAACAAAUUCGAACAAAAAAGAAUAAAUUUCAACGAUUUGGAAUUACUGUUGCUGGAGGAAAUGGAUAUGGACAGGAAUUAAAUCAACUCUCUGAUCCUUGGGGGAUGUUUAUUGAUAAUGAUAAAUCAAUUUAUAUUGCUGAUUUAUGGAAUAAUCGUAUUGUUAAAUGGAAAUUGAAUUCAAAUACUAGUCAGAUCAUUGCAGGUGAAAAUGGAAAAGGAACUCAAAAUAAUCAAUUAAAUUCUCCAACAGAUAUAAUUUAUGAUAAAGAAAAUAAUUCUUUUAUUAUUUCGGAAUGGGGAAACCAACGAGUAAUUCGAUAUUUUGAUCAAAAUCAAGCAAAACAACAAAUUAUUAUUGCAAAUAUUAAUUGUUGGGGUCUAACAAUUGAUAAAAAUGGAUAUAUUUAUACUUCUGAUUGUAACAACAAUGAAGUAAGACGAUGGAAACAAGGAAAUAAAAAAGGUAAAUUAGUUGCAGGUGGAAAUGGUAAAGGAAAUCAUCUUAAUCAACUCAAUCAUCCUACUAAUAUCUUUAUUGGUAAAGAUUACUCUAUUUAUAUAUCAGAUUGGGGAAACCAUCGUGUAAUGAAAUGGAAAAAAGAUGCUAAAGAAGGAAUUAUUGUUGCUGGUGGAAAUGGUCAAGGAAGUAGUCUCAAACAAUUGUGUCAUCCUCAAGGAGUCUUUGUUGAUCAUUUGGGUAAAAUCUAUGUAGCAGAUUCUUUGAAUCAUCGAGUAAUGCGCUGGUGUGAAGGAGAUAAAGAAGGUGAAAUUGUUGUUGGUGGAAAUGGAAGAGGAAAUCAACCCAAUCAAUUGGAUCGUCCUAUGGGUUUAGCAUUCGAUAAUGAAGAAAAUCUUUAUGUUGUUGAUCAUGAAAAUUAUCGAGUCCAAAAAUAUGAAAAAAUUUUAAAUUUAAUUUGA